UAAACUGAUGUCCGCUCUAUUUGUGAUCUAUUUUUUUGUCCUAAUUUUUCUUUCUUAUUGUUACAUUAUAUACUUAUGAGAGCUUAGAUGUGACAUCCUUAAAAAAACAUCUAGAUGUGAAUUAGACAAAACUGGUCAUGUAUUGGAACGGACUCGUCCUCAGAUCGAUCGCUCUGUUCAAAGAGGACGCAGCCGCACGUAUCCCACGACGAUGGCCGCGUCGGGAGGCUGGUCCGGCGGGUGCACAUGGCCGGACCUCCAGCCGGAGAUAUUGGGCGUCGUGCUCUCGCGGCUGCCGUCGCACGCCGACCGCGUCCGCCUCGCCGCCGUCUGCCGCCCAUGGCGCUCCAGCGCGCGGCUGCUGCGUCCGCUACCCCCGCUACUCCCGUGGCUCGCCCUCUGCGAUGGCACCUUCCUCAGCCUCCCCGACGGCGCCGUGCACCGCCUGCCCGUGGCGGGCCACGGCGUCUCCGUACGAGUCUCCACCGGCAGCACGCUCUUCCUCGUGCACGUCGACGACCACAAUUGCUCCCUGAUGAACCCUUCCCCGGUAACGACGACCCCUCUCCCUGAGGCCGCCGGCUGGUUCCGAGAAAACCCGGCCGUCCGGAAGGUGUUAAUGUCCGAUCACCUCGUCGCCGCCCUGGUGAAGUCCAAAGACAUCUACGGUUCCAAGACCACCAAGGUCAUCAUCUCCACCCGUGGGCAGCCAUGGGACAUCACGAGGUGCUCCACGACGGAGUGGGCGGCGCCUGAAGACAGCUGCGUCAUAGAUAUUGCGCUCUUCAAAGCAAAGCUCUACGUCCUCCUCGACACAGUCCUCUUCGACACAGAAGACGAGGAAUAUGGACAGGUGCAUGAGCUUCGUGUCCUGGACGAUGGCCACGAGCAGGCAACCAUCCAGGGCACCCCAGUCGCCGGGUUUGAGGACGAUUUUGAUCCUUACGAGACCGACGCGUACGGGCAGCGGCACUACCUCGUCGUCUCCGGCGAUCGGCUGCUGAUGGUGCAACGAUGGAUCAACCUGCCGCCAAUAUUUCCGAUCGACUCAGGGAUCGAGAAGCGGACCCGACUCUUCAAGGUCUUCGAAGCAACGGGCCUGAGCAGCGGCUGUGGACAAUGGACCGAGGUCGAUAGGUUGACGGGGCGCGCGCUCUUUGUCAGCGAAGGCUGCUCAGAGUCUCUCCCAGCCGGGGGUCAAUCUAGCGGCGUCGGAGUUCGAGAAGACUGCAUCUACUUCCUGAACGACGAAACUUGUGAGAAUCCCUUUCCAGACUCCGGCGCGUACAACAUGAGAGACCAGACAGUGGCGCCGUUGCUUCCGGCGACGGUGGCGGUGCCCGCAGCCGGCUACGGUCCAUGGUCUCCAACUUGGCUUUUCCCGGAGACUUGAGUUAAGCUACUAGGUACGCGGUACUACCAGUUAGGAUUUCCUUAGAUAUUGCAGUAUGUAUUGGUCAAAAAAAUUCUCUUUUCACAAUACCCAUUAGACACUUCUAAAGCCUAUGCUCGAGAUUGUGAACAAAUAAUCUUCUGUGUGGUAUGGGAUUACGGAAUUGAAUCCAGAACUAGAGUCUGCAGAUCUGCACAGGCAGGGUGUAGAGCUGCUUGUGCACAAGCAGACCCACAGAAGCAAGGUAUGCCCAAACUCCUGUAAAGAUAUUGGGUAUUGCAGUUUUAAGAAAAACAUAAACUAGAAAGAUUUUUGCUUUAAUUAUAGGAAGAAACAGUCUCCCCUCCUACUACAUGUGAUAUAUCAUUGGCAAAAGGUAAAAGGUUCAAAGCUAUCAAAUGAUUUGAUUGCGAAAUAGUGAGGUAAAUAUAUAGAAACCUAAUGCACGCAACUCCAGAUAUUUAUUGGUAGUUUAGGUCAACUGAAAGAUGUUAGUGGGUUUUACUUGUUGAGCUGUGUAAUCAAAUCCAUUGAGUUCAUAUUUCAUAUAUUUGCAUAACUGGUUAAUUGCAAUGUCCAAUUUAUGAUGGAUCAUGAUGAAAUGUGAAAGUUUCAGACAGAAGUCAGAACCAGCGCCCAAUUUGAAAUUCCAGCAUCUAUCCGAUCAGCCUCCUAAUCAAAUGCCGUAAAAACAAACAAUAAUCAUUGUCGAGUUUGAUAUUCCUAAUCUUAUGAACUUCUAUAAUUCCUAACCAUAAAACUCAUCUUACACAUGUUACUCAAACUGAAUCCUUAAUGUGCACUCUGGUGAAGACGCGAGUUAAGCUAAUAAGAUUGAGUGCAGCUGUGCAGGUACAAAAACUGACUUUGUAUGAUUAGAUUGAAUAAAUUGCCAGGAUGAUGUCAAUAUUAGUUUGCAAUCAGAAUUUAGAACACAUAUUAAUUUGCAACUUUGCAUCAUAUAAGAUGUGCUCAUUACCAACACAGGCCCAGAGCAACAAGAAUCGACCAUAACUUCUGAUGAA